AUGGAGAAUUUAUCGAAUCAAGAUGAAAACGAAGAUGCGGGUUAUCAUCAAUCACCUCGAUCCAUAGACCCGAAUGAUCAAUCAGCAUCAGAAACUCCGGUUUACUCGACCAUGAGCAUAGAUUCCUUUGUUUAUCCUCGAACUUGCUCAGAGACUACUUCAGGGUUUUCAGACCAUAUAGAUGAGACCAACAGCUUCUGUAGUGAAGCUUCUCCUUGUAACUGGCCUGUCCUCACUGAAUCUAAGCUUGAUGAGAGCUCCAAAUGUCUAACUGAUAUGUCAGGAAGUGGUAAAGGAGUUUGCACUGCAGUGACCAUCUCAAACGCAAUCACCAAUCUUUACGCAACAGUGUUUGGACAGAAUCUGAGGUUAGAGCCGUUAGAAACAGAGAAGAGAGCAAUGUGGAAGAGAGAGAUGAAUUGUCUUUUAUCGGUAUGCGAUUACAUAGUCGAAUUCAUCCCAAGAUGUCAGAAUCUAAGCAAUGGAGCUACUGUUGAGGUGAUGGAGAGUAGACCAAGAGCAGAUAUCUAUAUCAACUUACCUGCAUUGAGAAAGCUAGAUUCAAUGCUUAUGGAAGCAUUGGAUAGUUUCCAGAACACAGAGUUUUGGUAUGCAGAAGAAGGAAGCCUAUCGAUGAAAUCUGCGCGUUCUGCGACCGGAUCGUUCAGGAAAGUUAUCGUACAGAGGAAAGAAGAGAAAUGGUGGUUACCGGUUCCUCUGGUUCCGUCGGAAGGUUUGUCUGAUAAAGCCAGAAAACAACUCAAAAACAAGAGAGAGAGUACUAAUCAGAUCCACAAAGCUGCAAUGGCUAUCAACAGUAGCAUCCUCAGUGAAAUGGAGAUUCCAGAGUCUUACAUGGCAACUCUUCCCAAGCAGUGUGGUAAAAGCAGUGUUGGAGAUUCAAUCUACCGUUACAUGAGUAGUUCGGGUCGGUUUUUCCCAGAACAGCUCCUUGAUUGUCUGAACAUAGCAUCAGAGCACGAAGCCGUUCAGUUAGCAGAUAGAGUAGAAGCUUCGAUGUACACAUGGAGACGCAAAGCUUGUCUUGGCAACUCUAAGAACUCAUGGAACAUGGUGAAAGACCUUAUGUCAAACACAGAGAGAACGGACAAGAACUAUGUCAUGGCUGAGAGAGCGGAGACUCUUCUCUUCUGUUUGAAGCAGCGUUACCCAGAACUGUCUCAGACAUCAUUAGAUAUAUGCAAGAUUCAGUACAACAAGGAUGUUGGAAAAGCUGUGUUGGAGAGCUAUUCAAGAGUACUUGAAGGUUUAGCUUUCAACAUAGUUGCUUGGAUUGAUGAUGUCCUCUAUGUAGACAAAACCAUUAGAGGUAGUGAAUAA